CGCGUGCCACUGCACACCCAGCCACCAUGGAUGACGCCCCGCUGCCAGCGCCCCCAGUGCCCGGCCCGGCCUCCACCCCGGCCCCCGCCGCCCCCCGGGUCCCAUUCCACUGCAGUGAAUGUGGCAAGAGCUUCCGCUACCGCUCCGACCUGCGGCGCCACUUCGCACGGCACACAGCGCUCAAGCCCCACGCGUGUCCCCGCUGUGGCAAGGGCUUCAAGCACAGCUUCAACCUGGCCAACCACCUGCGCUCGCACACCGGGGAGCGGCCCUACCGCUGCUCCGCCUGCCCCAAGGGCUUCCGGGACUCCACGGGCCUGCUGCACCACCAGGUCGUCCACACCGGCGAGAAGCCCUACUGCUGCCUGGUCUGCGAGCUCCGCUUUUCCUCGCGCUCCAGCCUGGGUCGCCACCUCAAGCGCCAGCACCGCGGGGUGCUGCCGUCCCCGCUGCAGCCCGGCGCGGGCCUGCCUGCUCUGAGCGCGCCUUGCUCGGUCUGUUGCAACGUGGGACCCUGCUCCGUGUGCGGGGGCGCGGCGGCCGGCGGUGCGGAGGGCCUGGAAGGGGCGGGAGCGGCCAGCUGGGGGCUGGCGGAGGCUGCCGCUGCGGCCGCCGCCUCCUUGCCGCCCUUUGCUUGCGGGGCCUGCGCGCGGCGCUUCGACCAGGGCCGGGAGCUGGCGGCCCACUGGGCUGCGCACACCGACGUGAAGCCCUUCAAGUGUCCGCGCUGCGAGCGCGACUUCAACGCGCCCGCGCUGCUGGAGCGGCACAAGCUGACGCACGACCUGCAGGGGCCCGGCGCGCCCUCGGUGCAGGCCUGGGCCUCGGGCGCCGGCGACGGGGCUGCAGCAGCGGCAGGGGACGCACCACCACCGGCCAGGGACGGCGGGCUGCCCCUGGGCCCCCAGCGGGGCGGCGUGCCCGAGCUCGGGGGGCUCCCGGAGGCGGCGGUCGAGCCGUCCGAAGACACCCUGUACCAGUGCGACUGCGGCACCUUCUUCGCGUCGGCCGCGGCCCUGGCCGGGCACCUGGAGGCGCAUUCGGGCCCGGCCACUUACGGCUGCGGUCACUGCGGGGCGCUCUACGCGGCGCUGGCCGCCCUGGAGGAGCACCGGCGGGCCAGCCACGGCCAGGGCGGCGGCGCCGGGGCGGAGGCGGCCCCGGAGGGCGAGCCCGCGGCGCCCGGGGAGCCCGCCUCUGGCUCGGGCCGCGGCGGGGGCAGCAAGAGGAUCUUUGGGUGCUCCGAGUGCGAGAAGCUGUUCCGCUCGCCGCGCGACCUUGAGCGGCACGUGCUGGUGCACACGGGCGAGAAGCCCUUCCCGUGCCUCGAGUGCGGCAAGUUCUUCCGCCACGAGUGCUACCUCAAGCGCCACCGGCUGCUCCACGGCAGCGAGCGCCCCUUCCCCUGCCACGUCUGCGGGAAGGGCUUCAUCACGCUCAGCAACCUCUCCCGGCACCUCAAACUGCACCGCGGCAUGGAUUGACAGGCCCGCGCCAAGAGGGGGUUCAGCACCCCCACCCCGAGCCGGCGAGGCUGAGGACGAACACCGAGAGUGGCUCCUUGGCU